CGUAAAGAAAGAGAAAAAGAGUAAAUAAAAACUUAAGACCCAAAUUCUCUCUCUUCCUCCCUCUCAGUUCCCUUUUGUUCAGUCCUGCCGCAGCCACCCAUCAAGAAGAUCCCUCCGGCGUUUCUUCGUUCUGGUAGCAGCUCCGGCACUCACCUUGAACGACUCUCAAAUGAGUGUCUAAGUUUAAAUAAGCUGUAAAAAGUUUCAGAAGAACAGAACUAUGGCGUCUCAAUUGCAGCAGAUCGAAAAGGAUGAAUCUGUGCUCUUGCAAGUCACCCAUGCGAAUCUCAAGUCCUUCACUUCUGAUGUUCGCUUUUCCCUUCAGAUGAGCGUGGAGUCUGUCAAGGAAAAGUUGUGGAAAAAAUGUGGUACUUCUGUGAACUCUAUGUGCCUCGAACUCUAUGAUGAAUCCGGUUCUAAAAUUUCCGAUUUGACGGAUAAUUCCAUUCCCUUGGGGUUCUAUUCUCCCUUAGACGGGUACCGAUUGCAUAUUAUUGAUCUCGACCCCUCAUCAGUUACUUCUGGUGGUUGGCUUGAAGAUACCUCAUUAGUGGAGAAGUUCCAGAUCUCUGAAGAAGCCUAUGAUAAACGUGAUGACACAUUUAGAAAAUUUAAAGAAAAAUUGGCAUCCCAGAAUCCUUCAGCGUUUGAGAGUAAAAUAUCUGAUAACUACAUGGAAGAGAUCUGUGCAAAUAUGAAGGUUGGUGAUAGAUGUGAAGUUGAACCCGGGGAGAAACGGGGUGUUGUGAAAUUUGUUGGCCGGGCUGAAUCGCUUGCUCCUGGUUUUUGGGUUGGAGUUCAAUAUGAUGAACCGUUGGGUAAAAAUGAUGGCAUGGUAAAAGGUAUCCGCUAUUUUGACUGCCCUCUGCUUCAUGGUGCGAUGAUCAGGCCUGACAAAGUGAAGGUUGGCGACUAUCCUGAAAGGGACCCUUUCGACGACGAAGAAGAUGAGAUAUGAACAGUUCAUACUCGGAUUUGUAUUUGUAACAUUUAUGGAACCAACCUACUUUCUAAAACCUUGAUGAAUUAUUGAUUUCUUUUGGAAGUGAUAAAGACACUCUGAGCUUCAGAGUCACCUUUGCUCACGGUGGUUUGAUAUGGUUUUACAAACUCUACUUGAAAGAAGCCAUUUUUUUGCUGGAAAUUUCUUGAGAGGAAACAUGAAAGAAUACGACAAUGAGGUUCAGAUCUUCGGUGAUAGUCAUAUUGCAAACUAUUGUAACUUUCCUGUAGGGUGUUAUGAAUUGUAUUGUUAGUCGAAAAAAAAGGAAACUCAAUGAGCAUUGCAAUGAAGAUUUUGCAUUAUAUCUCUAUUAUUAAGUCUUUUUUUUUUAGUUUUGUAUUGUAAUGCAUGCCUCUAUGAACCUUUAAUGCCCAUAUAAAGGAUUCUCUUCAUGUA